AUGUUAACAUUGGAAGCUUAUUAUAAUGAUGAAAUAAUGGAAGAUUGGAAUCAUAAACUUAUUAAAGCUGCUAGAGAUGGAAGCGUAGAGGACUUAAAGCUUUGCCUAGAGAAUGGAGCAAACAUUGAAUUUAAAUUUGGUGGAUGGACAGCAUUAAUGUGGGCUGCCAGGGAAGGACAUGUGGAAGUGUGUCAACUUCUCCUGGAGAACAGAUGUAAAACAGAUAUCACAGAUGAUAGAGGAUGGACAGCAUUAAUGUGGGCUGCCGUGAGAGGACAUGUGGAAGUGUGUCAACUUCUCCUGGAGAACAGAUGUAACAAAGAUAUCACAGAUGUGUUAGGAUGGACAGCACUAAUGUUGGCUGCCAGAGAAGGACGUGUGGAAGUGUGUCGACUUCUCCUGGAGAACAGAUGUAAAACAGAUAUCAGAGAUGUAGAUGGAAGAACAGCUUUACAUCUGGCUGCUGAGUGGGGAUAUCUACAGACCACAAGAUGUCUUGUAGAAGAAGGAGAUAUCAGUCCCUUGGUUAAAACACAUCAGGAGGGUAUGGAUAGGAUAUACAGAAUAGAAAAUCAUGAAUGA